CAAAGGCGCUUUGUUCUUAUUAACCAUUCUCAAUUAGAGAUGUUGGAAGUCUAUCAUGGCCGAGCGAUAAACCUCUCCGGAAACGGUGAUCGAUUGCCAUUUCAUGGCGCAUUUCUUUUUCAUGAAAUGCGGGUGCGUGGUCACUGGCCACAACGCCGGGAUCGAGCUAUCCCUCUACCUGUCUCUGGGGUUCAUUGGAUCAAUGACGAUGGCGAUCGUGGUGUUAGUGGCAGUGGUCAUGGUGAUGGUGAUGCUCGCCGUGGUCGCCGUGGUCGUGGUCGUGGUCGUGGUCGUGGUGGCAAUGGCUACAAUCAAGGUCCAGGCAAUAAUGAAGCCGGUGGCGGACGACUUCUUCGUUCGGGCGGUCCUGUCGCUGGUUCCAGUGCAUCUGGAAAGGUGUUCAUUCCAACGAACCCGUUCACAAAUCCUUCCGCACUUCAAGCUCUGAAGGAGUCCUUUGCGAAACAACCCAAUUGGAAAGCAGCGGUUAGGGAGGGUACAACUUGGGAAGGUAAUGCCGAUGAGAAUGCUGCCAAGUGGCGGAAACUCAAUCGUAUUGAUACCUAA